UGAGCGGCACCCGGAGAGAGGAGGAAGAGGAGGAAGGCGCGGAGCAGCCGCGGGGCCGCCAUCCCGCGGCGGUGCCCGGAGGAGGAUGCCGGGGAAGCGGGGCUCGUCGGGCGGCGGAGAGCUGCCGGGGGCCGGCGCGGCGAGGCAGCGGAGGCGGCGGAGGAAGGUGUCCUGCUUCUCCAGCAUCCAGCUCUUCCUGGUGUCCGAAUGCGCGCUGAUGCUGGCCCAGGGUACCGUGGGAGCCUACCUGGUGAGUGUUUUAACCACCUUGGAGCGGCGAUUCAACCUCCAGAGUGCAGACGUGGGUGUCAUUGCCAGCAGCUUUGAAAUCGGCAACCUGGCCCUCAUCCUUUUUGUGAGCUACUUCGGAGCCCGAGGACACAGACCGCGCUUGAUAGGAUGUGGAGGGAUUGUCAUGGCCUUGGGUGCCCUCCUUUCCGCGUUGCCUGAAUUUCUGACCCACCAGUACGAAUACGAAUCAGGGGAAAUACGCUGGGGAGCUGAAGGGAGGGAUGUGUGUGCUGCUAAUGGGUCCACCAGUGAUGAGGGACCAGACCCGGACCUUAUCUGCAGGAAUCGGACUGCCACCAACAUGAUGUACUUGCUGCUCAUUGGAGCACAGGUCCUCCUGGGCAUUGGUGCUACCCCUGUCCAGCCCCUGGGAGUUUCCUACAUUGACGACCACGUGAGGCGGAAAGAUUCCUCUCUGUACAUAGGGAUCCUGUUUACAAUGCUGGUAUUUGGACCAGCCUGUGGAUUUAUCUUGGGCUCCUUCUGUACCAAAAUCUAUGUGGAUGCUGUGUUCAUCGACACAAGUAAGCUGGACAUCACCCCAGAUGACCCUCGCUGGAUCGGUGCAUGGUGGGGAGGCUUCCUCCUCUGUGGUGCCUUACUCUUCUUCUCGUCCCUGCCCAUGUUUGGCUUCCCGCAGUCCUUGCCCCCAAGGCCUGAGCACGCUGGGGAGAGCGAGCAGGCCAUGCUUCCUGACAGGGACUACGAGAGGCCCAAGCCGAGCAACGGGGUCCUGCGGCACGCGUUGGACGCAGAGAGCAGCACAACCUGCUUCCAGCAGCUACGAGUGAUCCCCAAAGUAACAAAGCACUUGCUCUCCAAUCCCGUCUUCACUUGCAUCAUCCUGGCGGCCUGCAUGGAGAUAGCUGUGGUGGCAGGCUUUGCUGCCUUCCUGGGGAAGUACCUGGAGCAGCAGUUCAACCUCACCACCUCAUCUGCCAACCAGCUGCUGGGGAUGACAGCAAUCCCAUGUGCAUGUCUGGGCAUAUUCCUGGGCGGUCUUUUGGUGAAGAAGCUCAGCCUUUCUGCUCUGGGAGCUAUCAGGAUGGCCAUGCUGGUGAACCUGGUGUCCACAGCUUGCUACGUGUCAUUCCUGUUCCUGGGAUGUGACACAGGACCUGUGGCAGGGGUUACUGUUCCCUAUGGAAACAACUCAACUCCAACCUCAUCUCUGGACCCAUAUUCCCCCUGCAAUAACAACUGUGAAUGCCAAACUGAUUCCUUCACUCCGGUCUGUGGGGCAGAUGGGGUCACCUACCUGUCUGCCUGCUUUGCUGGCUGCAGCAGCACAAACCUCAGUGGCUGUUCCUGCCUCAGCUCGGUCCCUGCCGAAAAUGCCACCGUCGUUCCUGGGAAAUGCCCCAGUCCUGGCUGUGAAGAGGCCUUCUUGACAUUCCUCUGUGUGAUGUGUGUCUGCAGCAUGAUCGGGGCCAUGGCGCAGACGCCAUCGGUCAUCAUCCUCAUCAGAACCGUGAGCCCCGAACUCAAGUCUUAUGCUCUGGGGGUGCUUUUCCUGCUUCUCCGUUUGCUGGGUUUUAUUCCACCUCCGUUGAUCUUUGGGGCUGGAAUUGACUCCACAUGUCUGUUCUGGAGCACGUUCUGCGGCGAGCAAGGAGCCUGCGCGCUGUACGACAACGUGGUCUAUAGAUACCUGUAUGUUAGCAUUGCUAUAGCCCUCAAGUCUUUUGCAUUCAUCCUAUAUACAACCACCUGGCAGUGCUUGAGGAAAAACUAUAAAAGGUACAUCAAGAACCACGAAGGUGGUCUCAGCACUAGUGAGUUUUUUGCCUCUACUCUCACCUUAGACAAUCUGGGGCGGGACUCAGUGCCCCAAAACCAACCACAUAGGACAAAAUUUAUCUAUAACCUUGAAGAUCAUGAGUGGUGUGAAAAUAUGGAGUCUGUUUUAUAGUGACUGUGGAAGGAUGGACUAUAUUAAUAACCCAAGGGUCCUUUUUAAUAAAAAUGAGAAGAGAGAAUGAAGAAACAAAAUUACAAGACAACAAUGGCAACACAGGAAACUUUUGUCUUUUUCUCAAAGUCAAACCCAGCCGGGAUUCUUGAGAACGACGUCUUAUAGUGGGAUCACUUGUGAUAUCCUGCGGGGUGAUGGAGAAAGCAGGGAGCUACCAGUCCCUUUGGUGACAGUAUGGGCUUCCAAAAAGGGAAUCGCCAGAGGGCAUCCUCAGAGGUUCAUUGGAGAGCUCAGCCAACAGAGAGCCUUGGGCACGAGGUGUUGAGGAAGCAAGAUGAUGAUGGCAAUGCUGGAAGAGGCAUUUGCAUCCCGGGGGGCCAUCUAUUCCCAUAGUAUGGGCUGAAGGAUCCGCCCUUCGAACCUGGGUGCUGCUCAAACCCAACGUGCUCUGUGAUGUUGCUCUGACACCAGCCAUGAGUCCACGAUAAACACCUUGAAAGCUGCUGGAAAGCUUCCAGGUAGCGAGCAGUGCUGUCCCAGCACCCGAGUCCUUGCAGCCGAGGCGUGUUUGCAGAUCGCAGCUUUUGGGUUGUCUCUGAAUAGCUGUGCUCGGAUCUUUCAAACCCAGUAAAGUUGGAGAUGUUUGCUCACGCUUGCCAAAUGUGCUGUCAUUUUUAAAGAGGGAUGAAUUCCAAAUAUUUGUCUGUGUAAUCCUCUAAUUUUUGAGAUUAUUUUCAAAUCUAUGUUAACCCUUAAAUCGCUGACACUUUUCCAUAGGGAGGGCUUACUCUGGUUUGGGGGAGGAUCCUGUUGAAUAAUGUGACUCAAGGGGUUUGUUUAAUCCUCUGCAUUUUUUAUCCAUACGCCUUCAUUCUAAUAUGCUACCAAGCCAAUGAAGACACAUAAUAUGUUUUUAAAAAAGAGAACGAACGCACUGUGUCUCUAUAAAAACAGUUGGAGAAUUAUAGAUAAUAUGAUGAUUUACAUAAUAUAGUUUUUUCAUAUUCUAUGUGACUCAGUGAAUACAUAUAUAUGAAGGGAGAAACUGUUUAUGUUCUCUCCUGUUUUUAAAGAUAUAUAUAUAUAUAUAUAUAAUUUGCAAUCUAGAAA